UCUAGAGAGCGAAGCGGAAGUAAGGAAGGAAGAGGCGAAGAGGAGGAGGGAGUGUUGUUGUUUGUAAACACGCGAGAGAAAAGCGAGCGCGAAGGUCGCUGGGAAUAUUUUUUCUAGUUCGAUGAGCAAUAGAAGGAUUCUUUCCCCUUCCCCAUUGGGUGGGAGCGCGUAGAGUGGAGCGUGAGAGCGGCGCGCGUGCGUACUCGCGUCGAAGAGCCGCCUGUGAGUGGUCGUGGUAACGGUUCAUGCCGCUCUCUUGAGGAGCGGCGGGGAAAAACAAAAGGGUAUCAAUUACAAUGGGCAAACGUAAGUUGAAGGAAGACAAGUUUACAAAUGGAGAAUGUAUCUCAAAGGUACAAUGGAUACUUCGGGAAAGAUUUUGUCGUCUGAGUCCAAGUGCAAAGUUGUUUGGAAUGGAACUUCAGUACAAGCAUUUAGCUGAGCUAUUGAAACGUACUGCUCUCCAUGGCGAAAGCAACUCUGCACUCAUUAUUGGACCCCGAGGCUCAGGAAAAACUCUGUUAAUACGUCACACCCUGGAAAAACUCAUGGAAAUAAAGGAAGUUAAGGAUAACACCUUACAGGUUCAUUUAAAUGGAUUACUCCAGACCAAUGAUAAGAUUGCCCUUAAGGAGAUUACAAAACAGUUAAAUCUGGAAAAUGUGGUUGGAGAUAAAGUUUUCGGUAGUUUUUCAGAAAAUCUUGCAUUUCUUCUUGAAGCAUUAAAGAGAGGUGACCGUGCUCACAGUUGUCCCGUACUUUUCAUUCUGGAGGAAUUUGAUCUUUAUGUUCAUCAUAAGAACCAGAGUUUGUUGUAUAAUCUCUUUGAUGUAUCCCAAUCCGCACAGACGCCUAUAGUUGUUAUUGGUUUGACUUGCAGACUGGAUGUUCUAGAACUCCUGGAGAAGAGAGUGAAAUCAAGAUUUUCCCACCGACAGAUAUAUUUAACAAGUCCUUUUGAUUUUAAAAAAUAUGCUAGUGUUUGUAAAGAGCAGCUAUCCUUGCCUUCAGAGUUUCCAGAAAAAAACUUUGCUCAGAAAUGGAAUAAGAACGUGCAGUCUCUCAUCGAAGACCGAACCGUACAGGCUGUGCUGCAAAAUCAAUUCCAUUAUAGUAAAGAUCUGCGAUCGCUCUACAUGCUGUUGAUGCUUGCUUUAAGCAAUGUAACUGUAUCCCACCCGUACAUCACUGCAUCGGAUGUUCUCGAAGCAAGCAAACUGUGUGGAACGGACUCAAAAGCCAACAUUGUGCAUGGUCUGUCUGUGUUGGAAUUCUGCCUUGUAAUAGCCAUGAAACAUUUAAAUGAUAUUUAUGAAGGAGAGCCUUUCAACUUUCAGAUGGUUUAUAAUGAGUAUCAGAAGUUUGUUCAGAGGAAGGCACAUACUGUCUACAGCUUUGAGAAACCUGUGGUUAUGAAGGCAUUUGAACAUUUGCAGCAACUUGAGUUAAUAAAGCCUGUGGAAGGGCUUUCUGCAUGUGCACAAAAAGAAUACUUGCUAAUGAAACUACUUUUAGACAACAAUCAAAUAAUGGAUGCUGUGCAAGUCUACCCAAACUGCCCAACUGAUGUCAAACAAUGGGCUACGUCUUCACUCAGCUGAAGGAUAAUCUUGCUCCUGAGAGUGACACUGCAGCUACUAAUUGGCCGGGCUGCCUCUCAUUGCUACCAGAGAAAAGAUAACCCAGCAGUUACUCCAAUUUUAGAAUGUGCUUUGUUACAACAAGAGUAGUAUCUAUUUGUUGACACCAAGGUUUCCAAGAAAGUAUAUAAAUGCCAAUUUCAGAUUUGGUCUUCGUGAGUCUGCAGGUCAACUUCCUGGCAAUUUGUGAAGUGCAGCUGGCUUUUCAUGUAAAUUAUGUAGUAUCCCUUGGAAAAAUCACUGCUGCAGAGUUUCAUGCAACUUGAGCUGAAGGGGUAGAAAGUCCAUUCAGUCAACAGUGUGAACAGCUUGGACAGCUGUUGCUGAGUUGUAUUACAGGUUUUUGUAGGAUGACUGUCCUGCUUAAAUCCAGCUGAGUAUAUAGGGCUGCUCACAGUGCAAUUUAGGAUCAUGUUUGGGCUGCUUGAGAUACCUGGGAACAUCCUGCUCUUCAGUGCUGCAUAACACCACAGCCAGAAGAACUCACCUACUUCCUGAUUUUUGCUAUUCACACACUGAUGUUCAAUAUCAGUUUCUACCAUAGUUUCCCCACCUUGGAGGAAGUACAUUCAUUCAGCCUUGAGUCUUCUAGGAAGUAAUUUAGGAUUACUUGGGAUUUGUUUGUUUUUAAAGCUGAUAAAUUGAGAAAGGGCUAUACAUAUUCUUUAAUGACAUGUCCUGUUUAUCUUACCCUAUAAUGAGUUUGUGUUGCUGUGGUUCUGUGUCUUUCCCUUUUAUGGUUAGUGCUUUGAGAACAUAUCUCUGAACUGUCUAUCCAAUUUUAAUUUUAUGUACAUUUGUAAUAAAAAGAUUCAAAAGUUA